AAUGACGUAGGAACAAGUGCGCAUGCGCCUUUACGGUAUACGUACACGUGAAGCAAGAGGCAUGGCAGAAAAAGUAGAAGAUGUGGUCCUGGACCAGGCGCAGGUGAAGAAAGCCGUCCAGGCGCUACAGGCGUUCGUGAAAACCACGUCCACCCAGGACACUCUUUUGGAGGAGAGCCAUCAGUUCUCCCUACUCUUCACCCUCUGGAAGAUCCCAAAACAGGCCCAAUCCAUUCGCAUCCCCCUGCCUCAUGGUCUGCGCUCAGAUGUAGAUGAAGUGUGCCUGUUCACCCGAGACGAGCCCAAAAUGACCUCUGAUCAGACCCAGCGGUUCUACAAGAAGCUGCUGGAGGAGAGGGGUGUCAAGAACAUCACAGAGGUGAUCCCGUAUAAAGUGUUGAAGACAGAGUACAAGCCAUAUGAGGCCAAGCGCAAGCUGCUGGGGAACUUUGAGAUGUUCCUUUCUGAUGACCGUAUCCGCCGCCUGCUGCCCUCCCACCUUGGCAAACACUUCUAUGAAAGGAAGAAGGAUCCUCUAUCAGUGAACCUGCAGAGCAAGCAUUUGGCCAGAGACAUCCAGAGACUGAUCCAGGGCUCCACCAUGAAGGUGUCCAAGAAGGGCAGCUGCUGCAUGGCUCGCGUGGCCCACUCGGGGAUGACCACGGAGGAGGUGACAGAGAACAUUGAGGCCACAGUCAGCACAGUCGUCAACAAAAUACGCCUGAAAGGAAAGGUGAUCAAGGUCAUCCACCUGAAGAGCCAAUCCUCUGUGGCUCUGCCCAUCUACACGUCUGAUCUUAGUCAUCUGACUAUAAUAGAGGAUGCACAGAGGGAGGCCAGGAAGGCCAAGAAGGCCUCCAGCAAGCUGAAGAGAGCCAGGAAGCAGCAGACGUCCACAGAGAAGACGGAAGCAGAGGAGGAAAUUCCAGAGCUGGUUCCCAUAGUAACGCCCAGCAAGAAAGCCAAACUGCAGACACCACCCCAAAAAAAGAAAGUACUGGAGAAGGUACCUAAACCACCAGUAGGGAAGAAAGGACAGAAAGCUAAAGCCAAGCUGGCCAAGAAAAAGGGUACAAGACCCCCUUCCCAGAAAAUGAAAAGGAAGGUGGUCAAAUCCUAAUGUUUGUCUCUGUCCCUCUUUCCCUCGCUCAUUAUGAACUUUGUACCAUAAAGAUUCAAGUGAUGUCAUGGAUGCUGACAUUUGUUAAGUAGACUCCCAGGGCUGGUUAUAAAGAUUAAACAUAAUGGUGUUGUGUCUAGUCUUUUCAAGGCUCCAGUAUCCACGAAAGCCACAAAUGAAAAUCAUACAGCUUUGUUGAAACAGAGCAAAUAACGAAAGGUCAUUUGUGUCCCAACGUUUCUGGUAAAUAAAUAGUUGUUUUUUCAAAACAUCUUUUGUAUAAUUCCAGGUUGUAUAUUAAAGGAUGUUAAAACAUU